AUGCACUCCCGUCCCGGCCGACCCCACAAACCCCAUUUGACAGGCUCAGAGGAUGCUGCCUUGCCAUGCCAUGCCACUCACAGCGUCCUGGCGCAGGUCAUCGUUGCCCGACUUGGCGAGCUGCUUGUACACACGGCCGUCCGAUCCCACACACUCCACCACCUUUGGCCGUGGGGAAAGGGAGGGGGGGAUGAGGAGGAGGAGGAGGAGGAGGAGGAGGAGGAGGAGGAGGAGGAGGAGGAGGAGGAGGAGGAGGAGGAGGAGGAGGAGUAG